AAAAAUGGACCUAAAGAAAAAAAACUCUCACACUUCACUUUGAAAUGGCUAAAAACACAGGCAUUCCAACUGUGGACCUUUCUGUCUUUUCCACAGAAGAUGAAAAUGAAGCAAAAAAGAAGGCCUUUGAAACCAUAUUCCAAGCUUGUUCUAGCUAUGGCUUCUUCCAAAUUGUAAACCAUGGAAUCCCCGUUGAGUUUCUUAAAGAAUCUUUGGAAGUGUCAAGAACUUUUUUCCAUUACCCUGAUGACAUAAAACUCAAAUAUAGCCCCAAGCCAGGGGCACCUCUUCUUGCUGGUUUCAACAAGCAGAAGAAAAAUUGUGUAGACAAGAAUGAAUAUGUUCUUAUGUUUCCUCCUGGAUCUAACUUCAAUAUUUACCCUCAAGAGCCACCACAAUUCAAGGAACAGUCGGAAGAAUUGUUCAAGAAACUAAGCAAGGUUUGCUUGCUUCUAGAGAGCAUUGUCAAUGAAGGUUUGGGGCUUCCUCCUGAUUUUCUGAAACAAUACAACAAUGACAGAAGCUGGGAUUUCAUGACAACUCUUUACUACUUCUCUGCAACUGAAGAAGGUGAAAAUGGUCUCACUCACCAUGAAGAUGCUAACUGUAUUACUUUGGUAAUCCAAGAUGAUACUGGAGGCCUUCAAGUAAGGAAAGAUGGGGAAUGGAUUCCAGUGGUUCCUGUUGAAGGAGCCAUAGUAGUCAACAUUGGAGAUGUGAUUCAGGUUCUGAGCAACAAAAAAUUCAAGAGUGCAACACAUAGAGUUGUGAGACAAAAGGGAAAAGAGAGAUUUUCUUAUGCAUUCUUCCAUAAUUUGCAUGGAGACAAGUGGGUUGAGCCAUUGCCAAAGUUCACUGAAGAAAUUGGAGAGAAACCAAAAUACAAAGGAUUUCAGUUCAAAGAUUACCUAGCCAUGAGAUUGAAGAACAAAACUCAUCCACCUUCUAGAGUGGAGGAUGAGAUUCGUAUCACACAUUAUGAGAUCAGUUGAUAUAUAUAUUUAUAUAUAUAUAACCAACUGAUCUUUCUUUUAGUUUGAACCACAGGAAAAGGGAAUGUAGUACAAGUUUAGCCAAGUGCUUUUGCUGUCUCUGUUUGUUUCUUUUAUUGUCUUGUGUACUUGGGGGAGACCUUUACCUUGUAUUGUAGUGUUCUUAUUUCGUCAUCCUACAUUAUGUUUUCUCUUUGUAUCACAAUUGUAUGAAGGGAAAAAGAUAAAUGUUUAAAUUGUUAUA